AUCCGCCCCCAAAUUUGGUUUCCCUCACUUUCUGUUCGAUUUGUCGUGCAUGCUUGCCUAAUUCCAUCCCACUCUUCCACAGUUCCCUGAUGCUACCGGUCAAGAGGGUUUGGGGGUGUGGACCUAACAUUUCGUCCGGCCGAUCUCCACGUCAAAGUCGUCGCUUCCGUUCCGUUCUUCUUCCACUCCACUCCACAUCACUGAUCGAGAUCGUACUCAAUGCUCUAGUACUAGUAAACUCCAAGAGCACACUGCCACACGCAAGAAUCGAAGCUCUCCUCGAUGCCAAUGCCCGGGUCUUCCUCGGUGAGGCUCGCCCACCUCCUGGUGCCCACCUUGUGCUGCGCCAUCCUCCUCUGCGCCGACGCGUCGGUGCACGACUAUGCCGGAGAGAGGUUCGCCGGCCUCGGCAACGCCUUCGUCCUCAAUGGCGGCAGCGAGGGCGUCUACGCCUCCCCCGCCGCGGACUCCUUCAUCCGAUUCCAGAAGGUCGCGUUCAAGAGGACGCCGGAGUCCGCUGCCGCGGCCGAGAAGGACGGCAACCGCACGGUCACAAUCACGGCGGUCGUCUUCGAGGCCGCGGACCGCGGCGCGGUCGGGGGCUCUGACGUCGUCGCCGCCGGCGCUCGCGCGCUCUGCUGCACGCCGGACAUGGCGAAGCGCGGCGCGUGCACCGAGGGGUCGCUCGUGUACCGCGCGCCCAACAGCGCCGUCGCCGCGGGCUGGCCCAAGGUGCUCGCCGCCUCCUUCCUGCCGGGCGCCCUCGAGGCCGUCUUCCCUGACGAGACCGUCGCCGUCGCGCGCACCGGCAUGUACAGCCUCCGCUUCGUCCACUGCGACGCGUCCCUCGACGUGGCUGCGGAGGGCAAGACCAUAUGGAAGAACAGCCGCGGCUACGGCUACCUCCCCGGCCGGAUGGCCCCCCUCCUGGCGUUCUACGGAGUCAUGUCGCUGGCGUUCGUCGCCCUCGCCGCGUUCUGGUUCCUGCGGUACGCCCGGUUCUGGCGGGAGGUGGUGCCGCUCCAGAAUUUCGUCACGGUCGUCAUCGCGCUCGGGAUGGUGGAGGUGACCACGUGGUACUUGGACCUCGCCGAGUUCAGCGAGUCCGGAGUCCGGCCGGCGGGGACGACCUUCUGGGCGGCCACGUCCGGGGCGGUGCGCCGCACGGUGUCGCGUGUGCUGGUGCUCCUCGUCGCCAAGGGGUACGGCGUGGUGCGGCCCACUCUGGGAGGGGGCGCCAGCGCCGGGGCCAGGGUGGCCGGGCUCGGUGCGGCGUUCUUCGCGGCGUCCGAGGCCCUCGAGGUCAGCGAGCACGUCGGGGCCGUGAGCGACCACGACCACGCGCCGACGAGGAGGCUCUUCCUCGUGCUCACCGUCGCCGCCCUCGACGCGGUGUUCAUCUGCUGGAUAUUCAGCGCGCUGUCGCGAACCAUCAGCAAGCUCAAGGCGAGACGGAUGGCGGCGAAGGUGGAGACGUACCGGAGGCUGGCAACCUCGCUGACGAUCGCCGUGGCGGUGUCCCUGGGCUGGAUCGCGUUCGAGGUCCACUUCAAGUCGACGGACGGGUACCAGAGCGAGCGGUGGCGCGUGGCGUGGGUGAUCCCGGCGGUGUGGCAGCUCAUCUCCUUCGCGCUCCUCUGCGCCGUGUGCCUCGUGUGGGCGCCAUCCCACGAUUCAGCGAGGCUCGCUUGCUCGGACGAGGGCGGCGACGGCGGCGACGGCGACGACGGCGACGACGUGGAGGACGGCGCGCGGCCGCUGAUGCUCAGGACUGGGCCGCUCUCGUACGUGGAGAACUGGGCGUGCUACGUGACUCAGGACGCCAAGAUCAUCCUCAGGACGGACUCCGGCGUGUAUGCCAAAGCCGGCGAAGAGGACAAGCGAGUCUAAUUAAGCUCGUGGGUUGCGAUCUCGUGUGCCGUAUGACCCACGUCACUAAGAACGUAGUGUAAAAAAACGUUAUAUAUUAUGGGACGGAGAGAGUACACGUAGAGCACAGAUGUUAGUAUAACAUGCUAAUGUAGCGACCUAUCCGUGUCGUCGGUUUUGUAACGCUACGAAGUUCAGUUAGCAUGGUAAAGAACUA